ACCAGAUUCGAAUAUAGUCAUAACUAUGAUUUUCUUAAAGCUACAGACAAAACAUUUGUAAAUAUCAUAGAAACUCAACAAGGGUCUGAUGAGCUCAGCAAGAUGGCAAAAUACCUAAAAAGACUUUACUACUGGUUUCUUUUGGGUCCAAUUAUCACGCUCGAAUGGCUCAGACGAAAGAAGAAACUCUGUUGUUUGACGAUAUCACAUCAAGUCGAUGAAGAAUCUGCAGCAGGAAACGAGGAAAAUGUGCGGCUAGUCCAAAGAGUUGACGAGGAUCAGGAACAGAACAUACAAGAUAUCACCGGCGAGGAAAUUGAAAGUGAGUUACAACCUCUAAUCAAUACAAUAUACACAGACACUGAUAUAACAACAUUUGACCACAGGGGCGGAAUUAUAGUUUGUGUGACAAGGCUAUUUGGAAGAAGCAUCCGUUACCUCGCAGUUGGUCUUGGUUACGUGCUUCUCACUCUGGUAGCACUCCCUGUAGGUAUAUCAAGUGGGGGAUUAUCUUUUUUCCGAUUUGAUGAACAAAAAAUACGAAUACGAACGAAUACGAAAUACGAAAAAUACGAAAGGUACUUAGGUAUUCUCGCUUUAUGGUGGCCAUCAAUUCAAAUCUUUUGUUUUUUCAUGUACAGUAGGUUUAAUUGUGCGAGCGCUUGGACCGUUUUGACAAACGUUUCAAAGUUGAUUCGAAGUCACUGGUUUUCAUCCAACAUGUAUUUGCUCGUUUUCUGCUUCGUUGUACCGUAUUGUUCUCUCAGCCAAAGACUAUUCUCUGACAUGUUUACGUUUAACAAGUUUUUAUAUUUUACGGUUUACAAUGUAACGUGCACAGUUUGCAAUUUUCUUUUUAUUAUCAUUCUCAACAAGCACAAAGUUGUCACAAGGUAUGUGUUCUACAUCAGUGUGUGUAUGAUCUGUGCUUAUGUUGAGAGUGACAUAGUAGCUGUGUUUUAUUUCAUCCUCAAUUCUCAAGGCUCCCUGAACAACUUAAAACUCACUGCUCUUCGUACUGUAGCACUUGGCCUCACUUUGACUCUGAGUUUCAGUUCUUCAAUGCACAUAAUCCGCAAACUUAUGAAGCCACAGGAGUCUGUAUUCGAGGGACUGUCAGAGAAGUGAGUCACGGUUUUUUAAUUAGAUUACGUAAGCAGAAUCUCUUGCUAUCCUUCAGUACCAGUUUUCAAAUAAUCUACGUGACAAAGUUUAACGUGGGCUAGACCAAAAAUUCCAUUGUUCUUUCCAGAAAAUAGAACUUUUCCGAAACUGAGUCGUGUUAUUGAGCAGUGUUAUGCCACUUUUGUACAGCCUCGUCAAGGAAAGAGCAUUGAAAUUCUUUGAAUAGCUGUUAACAGCUGUAAUUUAGAACAGUGCCGUUACCAACCAAAUAAUUG